AUGUCUACCGGCCAGAUCACUCUGCUCGACCUUCCCAGCAAGGAACCUUGCUCCUCUUGGUCCCUGAACCCGUGGAAGACUCGGAUGCUCCUGAACUUCAAGGGCCUCGAUUACAAGACGGAAUGGACCGAAUACGAGGAUAUCAAACCCAAGGUUCAACCGCAUCUGCCUCCGAAUGAGUCCGGAACCCCGUACACCAUCCCCACCGUCAUCCUGCCCGACAACACCUGGAUCAUGGACUCGCGCAAAAUUGCGAACCACAUGGAGGAAUCCCACCCUCAGCCCAGUGUGCAUCUCGACUCGCCCGUCCUCCCCAAAGUGGAACAACUGACUUCCGACGUGUUUCACCACCUUCUCGCCGUCUGCGUUGCCCGCAUCCCCGUCAACCUGCUCAACAGCCACAGCGCCGACUACUGGUACACCACGCGCGGCGAGGCAGUCGGCAUGCCAGUGGGGGAGUUUGAGAAAAAGUACGGCGGCGAGGCGGCUUAUUCCAGAGCAGAGCCAUUCCUCCAGAAAAUAACAGCCUUGCUGCGCGACAACGAUGCCGGGCCGUUCUUCAUGGGAAGCACCGUGUCGUAUGCCGAUUUCGUAUGGGUGUCUGCUCUAGUUUUCUUCAAGAGGGUAGACGAGGACAUUUACAGACAAGUUCUACAGAGGACAGGCGACCAAGGUGUCCAUGUCAAGCUCGUGGAGGCCUGUGAGCCGUGGCUACAGAGGGACAAUUACUAA